AUAUCGCCACCUGCUGGAACCACUUCUAAGAACAAAGUGUUUCCUGUGUCCACUUGAUUCUACACAAUUCGGUGAUUUGUCAGCAUUUAUUUACGCAGAGAUCACGCAGUUCAAUCAAUCGGUCUCGACCGACAACGACCUGUGUCGUCAGCCUUGUAUGACAUUAGUGUCGCACUCGUCAUCAUCCAAAAAUACCGGUCGACGGCAGAAUAGUCGAGAGGAAGAUCGGCGAAUCCGUUAGAGCAAAAUCGCACGUCAUUGAGAAGGAACGAUAUCUUGAGAUUACCGUUCCAUCGAAAUGGAUACGACGAAGUUGGUCAAGAACGACAUGGAGCUGCCUCCGUUGCGCAGUCUGGACGACUUCUUAUUAGAAUCCGCCCGCUUUCAAAUACCAAAUCUCAAAGACUUGGAGAAAUGGGGUCACCGGGUGGUUAACAAUCUUCUUUACUAUCAGACAAAUUAUUUUUUCAUGUCUGUCAUUAUCUUUCUCAUCGUUGGAUUGCUUCAUCCUGUUAAAAUGCUUGCUGGUAUAUUUGGAAUGAUGAUAAUCCUGGCUAUGUUUGGUUAUAUGUCGAUGGAGGGAAGCUCUGUACAUUUGUUCAAAAAGCAAUAUCCUGUGGUUGGAGUGUUGAUUAUAAUAUGUGGUGGAAUUUUCGUAACGUAUUGUCUGGGAUCUCUCUUAGUUUUCUUGCUGGGCAUUUUAUUACCUUUCUGUGUAACAUUUGUGCAUGCCUCGCUGAGAUUAAGAAAUAUGAAAAACAAGCUUGUCAACAAAAUUGAAGGCAUUGGUUUGAAACGUACACCCAUGGGUGUGCUUCUGGGCUCUCUCGAAGAUGUGACUGGUAUGACCUUGCGCGCACAGUCAUCACUCAUACAACCGCCUCACUAAUAUCCUGCUUUGCACAACAAGUUGUAUAUUAAAUUGGUAAAAAUUAAUGUCAAGCAUUAAUAUUUGACGCCAUUGCUACCUUAAUCAGAUCAUAGGGCUUCACACAGUACUAUCAUGGUGAGAUAAGUCUUGUAAUAUUUUUGAAAUAUAAAAUAGACAUAUAUCUGUGAUUAGGAAGAAGAAAAAUCUAUUCUGUGAUCUCUAAUCAGAGAAUUACAUUGUUUAAUGAAAUCAAUGAAUUACUUUAUGUUAAUAAAUAUUCAACAAUCAAAUUUA